AAACAAACAUGGGUGACUGGAAUCUCCUUGAAGGUGUACUGGAGGAAGUCCACACUCAUUCUACCAUAAUUGGAAAGAUCUGGCUUACCAUCCUGUUCAUAUUUCGAAUGCUUGUUCUGGGCAUAGCGGCUGAAGAUGUCUGGAGUGAUGAGCAGUCUGGAUUCGUCUGCAAUACAGAACAACCGGGUUGCCAAAGCAUGUGUUAUGACCGAGCCUUUCCCAUCUCCCUCAUUAGAUACUGGGUUCUGCAGGUUCUAUUUGUGUCCUCACCAUCUCUCAUCUACAUGGGCCAUGCUUUGUACCACCUCAGAGCUCUCCAGAAACAGAGGCAGAGGAUGAAAGCUCAACUACAAAGAGCACUGGAUCGACUAGAGUUUGAAAUGACUGUGGAGCAGAAGAGACUGGAACGCGUGCUUUGUCAGCUGGAACAAAGGAAGCCCCACAGAGUGCCCCUCCGAGGAAACCUGCUUUGCACAUAUGUGAUGCACGUGUUUAUUCGCUCUGUGGUUGAAGUUGGGUUCAUGAUUGGACAGUACCUUCUAUAUGGGUUUCGCUUAGAGCCUCUAGUUAAAUGCCAUGGCUACCCAUGCCCAAAUAUAAUUGAUUGUUUUGUCUCGAGACCCAUGGAGAAGACAAUAUUUCUAUUAUUUAUGCAAUCCAUAGCUACGGUCUCACUUUUCUUAAACAUUUUAGAAAUUUCCUAUCUAGGUUUCAAAAAGAUGAAAAGAGGGUUUGGGGGACAGUAUCAGUUUCAGGAUGGAUAUAAUGAAUUCUCUGCAAACGAGUUAAAUCAAAAUGUUGCCAAGUGUCACAGCACAAGUGCUGGGCCUCUGAAGCAACUCCCUGCUGCACACGAUGAUAACCCUAGCACGCCUAUGGGAAAACAAAUGCACACAGCAGCGUACCCGAGUUCAAGUUCAUCUUCUGAACUUCAGGCAGGUCUCUGUAAUCUCAGUGUCCAUGACGGGAGAUGCAUUUUAGGUGAAGAGGAAAUCAACAAGAUGGGCACACUCCGUGCUAUCUGCAGUCGCCCUCAACAUACUGACUCCAAUCGUAACCAAAACACUCACACAAUAUAUGGAAACGAGGUUAAAAGUAACCAUUCAAAGGAACAAAGAGAAAAUGAGGAUGUUAGCCAGAGGAACCAGGGAAGUCACUGCUUUCUCCCACGUGUUGCUGUGGAUACAGACAACCACAAGGGGCGCUCAGCCCACACAUCUUUCUCCUUGCCAGCCACCUGUGCCUGGGAUCCUGAGCAGUUUAGGGUUACACGGGAUUCCCCUGGCAAACCUGAACGCCAGUGGUCGCCUCUUCAAGGUGACCUCAAGGGUCAGCUGAGAGAGUUUAGACUCAGAACUUCCUUCCUUCCUUCUUUGCAGGGCACCUCCCCACAACCUGACAUUCCUGCGUCUUCAGGAGGGCAGUCCUUUGAGCCACGGCUUGUCAGAACCUGCCCCAAUUCUAUGGCUUGUCCUCCAAACAAUUCAGUGUCCCCAAGGAACAAAUUCAUUGGUAGGCGUGUUCCCACCGAUCUUCAAAUCUGAGCAGUUGUGGAGUUUUUGACAUAGUACUGGGUUAGAGAAGUAGCAUUCCAGUAAGUGGUGGUGAGGCAUGGAGGGAGUAGGUAAAGGGUGCUAUGAAGACUAGCUGUCCGGGCAACAGUAAAUUCAUUUCACAAACAGAAAAACAUUAAUGAACUUGAGAUGUAAAGGCAUGGUUUUAAAUUCAAAGACUUAAGGCAAAUCAAUCCCCCUUGUCUCCAAAUAUGUGAACCUAAUUUUACCAUGCUCGGAUUGAUUGCAUGCUCAGACUGGAGACUAAGUGGGUGAGGGGCUGGGU